AUGACCUCGAUGCCGUCAACCCCUUCGGCAACUUUGCCGCAAUGCGAAAACGAAUGGCGAUUCCACGACACUGGCUAUCCAAGUGAAUGGGCAGAGACAUAUCGACCUGGCGGGUUCCAUCCCGUUAACUUGGGUGACACUUUCAAGGAUGGACAGUACCGGGUCAUCCGAAAACUAGGCUAUGGUUCAUUUUCAACCGUCUGGCUGGCAAGAGACACAAUGAACUCACGUUAUGUGGCUUUAAAGGUGAUAGGUGCUCAGGCUUCUCUUAAAGCUAAAACUGAGCUCUCGAUUCUAAAGAGAAUCAACGAGUGCCGCUCGAAAGAUCCGCUAACUCAGUACAUUCUGAUUAACCUGGAUACAUUCCAACACUUGGGACCUAAUGGCGCUCAUCUCUGCCUAGUGACUGAGCCCAUGGGACCUACCGUUGCUUCUUUGGCGGAAGAACUCACACCUUUGGAAGAGUGGAAAGUUAACAUUCCCUAUCCGAAGCUUAUAGCGAGGCGGAUUCUAAAACAUACGUUGCUUGGGCUUAAGUUUCUGCAUAAGAACGGCAUUGUUCACGCUGAUUUGCAGCCUGGGAAUCUCCUUUCUACCAUUUCAAAUAUUGAUCAACUGAGUGAAGGGGACUUACGACAAGAUCUGUCAGGUCAAGGAAGAAAUCCCGCACCUGAGGCCGUUCGACGACUUGACGGGCUAGAGGAUAAAUGGGCUCCUCGUUACCUAUUUCUAGGCCAGUCACUUAUCAAAUACGCCAAACUUGGUCAAGAGAUGCAAGUUAAGAUAUCAGAUUUCGGCGCUGCAUUUUGGGCUCAAGAACCUCCCGAUUCAACCGUCAUCCCCACUGCCCUUAGAUCUCCAGAGUUGAUUUUGGGUGGAAAGAUCGAUUCAAGUAUUGACAUCUGGAGUUUUGGCUGUCUCAUCUUUGAACUGCUGACAGGAGUUCCAUUAUUUUCCGUUAUGGUGCUCUUUGAAGACGACCGAAAGACGACCGAUGAUGAACAUCUUCUCCAGAUGAACGACAUCCUAGAGCCCCUUCCAGAUACCUGGCUUCAGGAAAAGUGGCCGCGAGCUAAAACCUAUUUCGGCCCUGGGCGGCAAAGGCUGGGCCCACGUCCUGACGAUCAAGACGAACCCUAUAUCGAUGACCCUUUGGAGGUGCGAUUCGAGGAGCAUAAGCCGAACGAUAUUGAUGAUGCGGAGGCAGGAGUCAUUACGUCACUCCUUCGAAGUAUUCUGAAGUAUGAGCCAAUGCAAAGACCGACUGCGGAGGAACUGUUGAAGCACCCUUGGUUUCAAGAGUGA